AUGGCAACGACCAAAAUGCACACAUUUUACCCAACUCAAUCGAAGACAUGCCUCCCACAGGAAGUUGAGGCAGUUACCACAAGUGACGGUCAGCACCCAAUAGAUAUAACGACAGAAAAGCGUAUUACCCGCAAACUGGACCUCCACAUUAUUCCAUGGUUAUUCUUCAUGUGGUUCUUCGGAUCCCUAGAUCGAGCGAACAUUGGCAACGCCAGUAUUGCCGGUCUCUCCAAGGACUUGAAAUUGGAAAAUGUCCAGUUCAACGUGGCGCUCUUGAUUUUCUACAUCCCUUACGUCGUCAUUGACAUACCGUCGAACUUGGUGAUCAAACAUUUUCAAGCGGGCUACUAUCUCCCAGCUCUUAUCAUUGUCUGGGGACUUACCUGCACAUGCAUGGGAUUUGUCAAAUCUUAUGGAGGUCUUAUCGCCGGUCGCGCAAUUCUGGGCAUGUGUGAAGGCGGACUCAUAGGCGGGAUACUAAUCUAUCUUGCCCUGUUCUACCGGCGACAGCAAUUGCUGACCAGGGUCGGGCUCUUCGCAAGUGCCGCUCCACUUGCAAUUGCUUUCGGUGGACUAUUGGCAACGGGGUUGUCCAAAAUAUCUUGUGGAGGAUACAACGGUUGGCCGUGGAUCUUCUUCGUCGAGGGGGCCAUCACAGUAGCCUACGGCAUCCUUACGCUCUUUUUCUUGCCACAUACACCUGCACAGGCAAAAUUCUUCAACGCGCAAGACCGAGACGUUGCCGUUCGCCGCAUGAAAGAGGACGCGGACGGCGCCAUGGCGGCUGAUGAAGCGGGCGAUGAGCAUUUCAAAUGGCAUUGGGUUCGCAUGGCACUGAAAAGCCCCAACACCAUUAUUUGCUCCCUAGGAUGGUUUUUCUUGCUUAUCUCGAUCUAUAGUUAUGCGCUUUUCCUGCCGACCAUCAUUCAUGAACUUGGCUAUUCCGCGGUCCACGCACAGCUGCUUACCGUGCCGCCAAACAUUUGUGGUUUUGUCGCCAUCUUGGUUCUCUCAACCUGGUCUGAUAAGGUCAAGGCUCGGGGCCCGUUCAUUGUCGGUGGUUGUAUUCUUGCCAUCGCCGGGUACAUCAUGCUUCUGGCUGCGGAGAGUCCAGCAGUGAAAUACGGUGGAACGUUUUUGAUCGCGACCGGCGUCUAUCCAGGAACUCCGAUUGUCCAGGGCUGGCUGGCCAACAACCUAGCACCACAUUAUGUUCGGGCCACGGGAAUAGGUUUUCAAGUCACCGUCGCCAACUGUGCCGCCUUCAUCGCCACAUUUGCGUAUUUAUCCAAGGACGCACCUCGAUUUGUCCUUGGGCAUAGCAUCUCUAUUGGCGGGCUUGGUCUCUGCAGUAUUACAACCCUUCUGGGAAUGGGUUAUUGUCGAUGGGAAAACGCACGGCGAGAGAAUGGUGAAAGGAACCAUCGACUGAGUGAGGAGCGAGUGGACCUACUCGGCCAUCGCCAUCCCAGCUUCCGCUACACUAUCUAG